CGCGCUUUGUAUAUUGUGCGUUUGAGGUCUGCGAGCCUUUUCGCUUCGCCAUGAGACCGCAUAUGGGCGCUUGGGGAGAGCUCAAUCGACAGUAAACAGCCUCAAGUUGGUACCUCCCUUUCUUGUCUGCUCAUCAACCGUUCUUUCCCAAUCACUCCCUCCCCGGUCACCGCACCUCGUGGCCAUUCUCACUACCUCAUUGGGCGUUGACGCUCGUGAUGGCAUCAUCUCACCACCUGUCAAGCGAACCAUCUACGCCCACCUCAAGCAUAUAUACCCUGAGUACCGUGGCGGAGAUGAAAGUGCCUCACCACGUAGCCGCACUCCUAAACGACAAAGGCUUCGUCGUGGACGACGAUGGCGUAGUAACCUGGGCCCCCAACAGCCGCUCUCACCCCAGAAACUGGCCGCUCAUCCGCAAAACCUACGACACAUGCCUUAUCUGCUUCUUGGAGUUCUUCAUGACGCUCGUGAGCAACACGGGCUCAGCCGCGGCAGAAAGUGCGACGCAUGAUGGACUCGAUGUUAGCAAGGAAACGGCCAUCAUCUCGUUCGUUUUUGUCUACUUGAUGGCGCAAGGUGUCGGCGGCCUCGUGUUCCCUCCUAUUGCAGAAUGGUUCGGUGGGAGGUUGAUCUACCUUACCGCCACCUUUGUCUUCGCUCUGAGCAAUCUAAUGAUUUGCAUCUGGCCCGUCCUGCCUGUCGUGGUGGUUAUGCGGACUAUAUCCGGCUUCUUCUCCGCUAUCCUAGCUGUCGUAGCAUGCGGCAGCCUAGAGAACAUGUGGGAUUCGCAAGGCCGCAUCUUCGUUAUCCAUGCGUGGAUCAGCAGUGCCGUUCUGGGCCUAUCCCUAGGACCCACCAUAGCGACGUACAUCAGCACGUCGAGAUGGGGUUGGCCAUUCAUCUACGGCUUCGCGUCGAUCAUUGCAUUCUUCUGCGCUAUGCUCUGCCUGAUCAUGCAGGAGUCUCGACCUUCACGCGUGUUGCAUAUACACGUGAAACGCAUCGGCCGUCGAAUGAAGUACGCAUCCCUAAAGGCCGACAUAGGGAACGCGCUCCCAUCAGUCGGCCACUUCGUUCAGACGGGACUCUGGCAUCCUGUCAAGCUCUUCUUCACGGACCCACUCGUCACGGUUGUCUCGAUUCUGGGAGCAUACGUAUAUGGCAUUGUUUACCUCUUCUCCGAAGCCUUGACCGACGUCUUCGUCACCGGCUUCCAUAUGACCACGCGGCAGGCAUCCCUCAUUUACCUUGCCACGAGCGUCGGCAUCAUCUUUACCUUCCUGCCCCGCUUCUAUGACAUCCACCUCGCGAAACAACGUCAACUCACCGGGCGCCCUCCAGAGCCAGAGGACAAACUAGUGGGCUUCUAUAUCGCCGCACCCGUCCAAGCGAUCGGAUAUUGGUUCUUCGCCCUGACUGUCCCGCCACUAGCUGGCGCGACAUCGCCAUGGGCCGCGAUCCUGUCUCUGGUACUGAUUGGAUACGGAGUCGUCGAAUUCGAUACGACGCUGUCGGGCUACCUCACGGAUACAUAUACGAGUCAUGCUGCAUCGGCGAAUGCACCCAUGUCGUUCUUGCGCGCGGUGCUGUCUGGAGUCUUUCCGCUUUUUGGGUCGCAGAUAUUCCGGAAGGUGGGUGCGAAUAACGCGCUGUUUCUGUUGGCUGGGCUGGCGACGUGCUUUUGCGGCGUGGCGGCUAUGUUUGGAGUUGCUGGGCGGCAGAUUCGGGAGAGGAGUUCGAGGCGGGUGGUUGGUCUGCCUAGGUGAAUGAUCUUGCAGAGUGCACACAAUCAUUGCGGAGUGUCACGGCAUCAGAAAGUUGUGGGACAUUCGUUCCAUGAAUACUAAAAUGAUGUCGGGCAAUGUGUCUCGCCGUGCGUGUGACUACGUGCUUGCCUGAUUAGGCAGGCAGACG